UCAAAGUGGAAAAAAAUGGUCCACCUUAUUAGGAAUUCUUUUUUUGUUUACAAAUGUGGCCCAAGGCAGCAGCUGCCCAGUCUGGGGUCUGUCCAAGACGGAAGCCCCUCGGUCCCACUGGGGCAGAGCCAGCCGCCCGCCCUCCCUCCCUGCCAUGCUCCUCCCCCCGCUGCCUCCUUUAAAGGUGCCCCAGGGCCACCCGCCACCACGCGCUGUCUUGCCAGCCUGGCCCUGACCCUGCUCGCCCUGAAGGCUGCCCUCACGCUGGCCCCGGCCCUCACCUUGCCAGGGCAGGCUGUGUGCCCAGAGCUCAGCUCCUCCUCCGAGGAUUCCGGCACAAUCUCCUGUGUCAAAGAUGAGAACUGUCCCCAAGGCACCAAGUGCUGCGCCAGGAGCCCCUGCAGCCGAUCCUGCGUGGUCCCCCUCAUAGUGCCUGUUCCAAAGGCUGGCCGCUGUCGGGUGCAGGCCCCGCUGGCCCCAAAGCUCUGCCUAGAGAGAAACGAGUGCUCCAGGGAUGACCAAUGUAUGGAGAACCAGAAGUGCUGCUUCAGCUCGUGUGCUAUGAGGUGUACGGUCCCCGCCACAGGCUCCACCUCCUCUGGGGCCUCCGCGUCCCCUGCAGAGGACUCUCUCCAGUGAGGAACAUCCCUGAGAGCCCCUGGCUGCCAGGAGUGACCGGUCCAAGUCCUCUCAGCCAGAAUCUUCUCUCUUGGAUCCAGUCAGCCCAAGAUGCCUCCUACCUGUUGCUAAUAAAAACCCACUCGGCUUCA